GGCAGGGCCUUUGGCGGUGCUCCGUGGCACGGGCGCUGCACGGUGGGCUCGAGACCCUUCAUCGGGGACCAACUUGAUGCCGAGGGCUCGGGCGACGUGGACGCGGAGUUCUCCGCCGAGCCGCAGAACGACCUGGAGGAGGGCAGCGUCGAGGAGGCGCACACCGAGGACGCCGCGGAGGUGCUGAAGGCGCAGCUC